AUGUCUUUGAACUCCAGAAAGGGAAACGCCACAGCUGAAGAAGCUUCAUGGUACUGUGCUCUUCUCCUUCUUUCUUCCACUCUCCUAAUCAUGCUAACCAUCUUCACUGAUGAACACAAUAGCACCACUAUUAUUACUCUCCGACGACCCUGCGAGGAGAUCUAUGUGGUCGGAGAAGGGGAGACGCUUCACACCAUAAGUGACAAGUGCGGUGAUCCUUAUAUCGUUGACAACAACCCUCAUAUCCAUGACCCUGAUGAUGUCUUCCCUGGCCUUGUCAUCAAGAUUACACCUUCUUCUUCUUCUCAAUAA